AUGUCUUUAACAUUAAAGCCUGAAUUGAUUCUAUGCACAGAUGAAAACAUAGAUGACUAUAAGGAUCCUUGCAUGGAAGCUAGUUUCGAAUUAGUUUAAAUUCAGAAUGAGUAUCAGAAGGAAAAAGAGAUUGAAACAAACAGAAUUAAGACUUAAUCAGACGAGCAUUAAACAUUCAUAAAAACAAGAAAAUAUCGAUCAUCAUAAGAGUUACAGAUCAAACCUCUAUUUUAGAAAAACGAGAUAAAGGAUCAUGAGAAUUCAGGUAAAAUAUAAGCAAAAUCAAUUAUGGUUUCUUACUUAGUAAAGAGGUUUUUGACAAAACUAUCAGCAUCCAGAAGACAUCGGUUAUUUUUUAAACAUAAACACUUUUAAAUAGUAGGAGAUAAAGCAAGUGGUGAAGAAUAAACUUUGGGGGAAAUUAGUGUUUAAAGGAGUAAAAGUAAAAAAGGCAAAUCUAAAAAUAUUUUGUAGCUUCUUUUGAGUUUAAUUUUAGAAUGUCCUAAUUUCGUAUCAACAGUAUUUAAAUAGUUACCGAUUAUAUAUCCAUAGGAUAUUCAUAAAAUAAUAUGGGACAUCUCGUUUUGUUUUGUAUUGAUUUACUUUUUCGUAAUGAUUCCUUUAGAAUUGGCAUUUAAUAAAGGGCUAUUGUACUCACAAUGUAUAUGGUUGACAGUGCCUUUGUGCUUAUUUCUAUUGAUCAAUUAUAUAAUGAAAAUGAGUACUGUCUACUAUGAGAACGGAUAGCCAAUCAUAGAUAAAAAUAAAAUAUUCAAAAAUUAUCUUACAAAUGGGCUCAUUAGUGAUGGAUUGGCUAUUUUGGUGAUCAUUUUUAAUUUCUUUAAUUAUUUUUAUGUGAAGAGUUAUUGGAUUAGCUUGCUGUAAUUGUGUUUUGUUACUCAAUUUUCUUAUUUCACUAAAAUAACUAAAAAUGUAGAGGAAUCAAUAAAUUUAGACAAGACUUCAUCUUCAAUUUUGAAUUUAGCAAAGCUUCUAUUGAUGAUAUUAUACAUUGUGCAUUUGUAUAGUUGCUUGUGGUUUUUUAUUGGUGAUUAUGGAGGUUAAAUGAAUUGGAGUAAUUGGUUGGAUGAUCGCCUACUUAAAAAUGAAUCUAGCGUGUCUUAAUAUUUAGAAUCAUUCUAUUUUUCUACUGUUACAAUGAUUAGCGUAGGAUAUGGAGACAUCGUGCCCUAAAGUAAAUUAUAUCAUAAUAUUAUAAAGAUGAACUAGAAAAGGUUUUGACUAUAUUGUUUAUGUUAACAACUUGUAUACAGCUAUCUUUUACAAUUAACACAGUGGCAUAAAUCUUUUCUUCUAUUAAUCAUGCUACUGAAAAUACCUCAGAGAAAAUAAGAAUAAUAAAUAAAUACAUGAGUAAAAAGAACAUCAGCUUUGGAUUAUAAUAUUAGUAAGCUAUAUUAUCAUUAUAAUUAGGAUAAGACAAUACAUAAAAAUCUAUUGGAGUUAAUAAAUGAAAGAAGAGAAUGAAAUGGAAGAAGUACUAAUUAAUUCGCUUUCUGAAAAUCUAAAGAACAAGUUGAUUGAAGAAGCUAAUUCCUCGAUAUUAGACAAAUGCGAAUUCAUUAAAAAUACUUUUACUAAUCAAACUAAAUCAAAAUUGAUUAAGUUGCUAAAAACUGUUUUCAUAAACCCAGAGCAGACUAUAACUUCUCAAUUACCUUAAUUUAUUGAACCUUGUCUCUGCUUUAUAGAAUCAGGGGAAUUGCAUUUAUAAAAUAAUAGUAAAAUAGAUAACUCAGAACUGAUCAAAUUUCAUUAAGGGCAAUAUUUUGGUCUUAAUGAAUUAUUAACAGGACAAUUACCUACUUUACAAUUACAAAGUGAAUCAUUUGUAUAGCUAACAGUGCUACUAAGAAGUGAAUUUUUAGAUGUCCUAAGGGAAAAUCCUAUUGAUUAUGAAACAUUUUGUGCUAUCAAAGAUUAGAUUUUAAUGCAGGAUCUUGAUGUUCAAAGUAAAUGCAUUUCAUGUAAUUGCAGUGGACAUACAAUAUCGAAUUGUCCUGUUGUACAUUUUGUGGUGGAUAGAGAGAAGGUUAUCAAGAGCCAUCAAUUUUAUCACAGUCAAAAAAGAGAACAAUUUGUGAGGAAGAAAAGGCCACGACAUAUGUUUCACCCAAUAGUAGAUUAAUGGUUUUUGUAAUAAUUUAAUGCAUUAUUUUAGAUCUGAGAUGAGUAAUAUGUUUAGAAAUCAUGGAGAAUGGCCAAUAAUUCAAUUUUAUUCAUUAUCCAACAAAUUAUUAGAGUAAUAGCCUGAAAAGAUAGGGGCUGAAUCUCCUAUUCUUAGAACUCGUGAUGUUACUAUUUAUAAUAGCUGCAAGUCUCAAUCACAAUUACCUAACUUACAUGACAUUCUUCAAAUCUCCAAAAUUGAAAUGCAAUAAAAUCCUUGUAAUAAGAAUUUAAUAGCAUAUUAGAUCCUCAAAAUAAAACUAUGAGAUCAAACUACAAAAGAGCUAGCAUUAGGAUUAAAAAUAUUGGGAUCCGAUUGAAAUUUUAGAAAAUUGUUAAGAAAGUAAUAAGGUUGAGACAUUUCUCAAAUGGUUUCUAAAAAAAGACAGACGCUUAAAAUCAACUCUCUCCAUAAUCUGUAUUCAACAAAAGUAUGUAUUGGGUUGUUACAUCUUAUUUUCAACAACCCUAAUUAGAAGAGUAUCUUAGUAAGGAUGAUUUUUUAAACCUUUCAUUUUUGAACAAAAGAUUAAAUUUAACUCUUAAUCAGGACUUAGAUUUACAUAAAUAAUUUGAUUGUGCUAAAGAGUAUCUCCAUUAUUUAAAAUAAAACAAUCUAACAGUAGUCUUGGAGCAAUUAAAUGAAAGAUCCUUCAUGAAAAAGAAGUCACCAUUUCAACUUCAAUCUUAGACAACUAUAAUAUUACAACAGAUACUAAACUCAUAAGAGAAACGAAAAUUGUAUUUGUAAACUUAUCUUAUAAAAUAUCUAUCUUAUCCAAAUGAAUAUUUUGAGAAGUUCCAUAAAACAAAGAAAAAGUAUUAUAAUGAUGAGGAACAAUUGGGUGAGAAAAAGAGAGAACUAAUUAAGAGAUUUUCCAAUAAAAAAAGUCUAAGAAGAUCAAAUAACAUGACUGAUUUUUAAAGAUCAAUCUAAUAAUUUCAUAAAUUAAAUAGAGUUCUGCCAACAGAUUUUAACAUAGAUACUCCUUGA